AUGACCCAUUCAUGGAAUUAUUACUAUUCCUUCUGCAACAAACAAAAGGGGCCAAGCCUUGCAAAAUUGAGAACAUUCCGAGCUGCGUUGCGUCAUAAAUAUGCGCGCUCUCUUGACCCGGGGUUCAUCAGAGGCCACUCAUUCGUCAUUGCCGUCCUGUGGGAAUCUACGAUAUAUAAACUUGGAAGUACUAGCUUUACACUUGAGAAUCGCGGGAUCUACGUCCCUAAGCUUACCUUCAGAAUGAGGUACACCAAUAGCGCCGCCCACAGCUACGCUCCCCAACCCAGCAGCGAUCCAUACCGCUACGCCUAUCCCUCAUCAGGAGGAUCAGGACAAGUCUACACCCCUGUUCAGCGCAGCCCAAGCAAGCGUGACGCCCCUCUCUUCUCCGUCAAGCAAGACCUUGCUUACAACCGCUACCACACGCACCACUUCACGCCCAAAGACGCAUACCCGCCGCACUCGCGCACCUUCGCAGAGUAUAACGCACGCUACAAUGAGCGCGAGCGCGAGCAGAAGGUACGCAGGAAGUCGUCGCGGAAGCGGAAGUCUAUGCCUGUCCCUCCGCCGCCUCCGCCUCCGGUGCAGAUAUACUGUGAUAAGCCGAGGCAUAGCAGUAGGCGCAGGUCAGCGAGCCCGCAGGUAGAGUCGAUGUUUUACAUGGGUACCGAGAAUCACCCGCCCAUGUUUCGGUCGAAGAGGUCGAGGAAUCCGUAUUCGCCGUCGCCGUCGCCACCACCGGCUUGGCUUGGUGGGGAUGGGUCGCGGCGGGAUAAGAUGGCGAGAUCGCCUAGUAAUUAUGGCGGUGGUGGUAGCGGGCAUGGUGAGGGCAGGCUGAGGCGUGUAGCGAGGUUUUUGUUUGGGUCUUGGUGA